UUGAUUGCCACGCCUAGUUUUAUGAGCCACGCCCACACAAAAAUGAGUGUAGAUUCUGUUCAGUUUCUUGUACAGAAUCUCUUCGAUCCUUGGACGGUGCGGCUAGUGGACUGGUUGUUCUAUGCUGGUGUUGCAGUCGGUGUCACUAAAAUAGCCCAAGGACUCUACUCCUUCAUACCAGGAGUUUAUACUUACUUCUAUCCUAAACUCAGACCACUCUCACUAACUGAUAAAUAUGGUAGAUGGGCUGUGAUUACAGGGGCUACCUCUUCAUUGGGGACUGCAUUUGCAAAGGAGCUUGCAGCUUGUGGUUUUGAUGUUGUGUUGAUCAGCCGCUCUUAUGAUAACCUACUGGACAUGGCAUCAGAGAUUCAGUCUCAGUAUUCAGUACAGGCUUAUGGUAUACAUGCUGACUUCUUCCUGGGGCAGUCAGUUUAUAAUGAAAUAGAGAAAGCAUUACUGACAGAUACACUAGACAUUGGAGUAUUAGUUAAUGUUAAUCCAAUAAAAUAUGAUCAUCCUCAAUAUUUCUCACAAGUACCAAACAAUCGGUUGUGGCAGCUGGUAAAUGUCAACAUAGCAUCAACAACAAUGAUGACUCAUAUGAUAUUACCUACAAUGCUGGAGAGAGGUAGAGGUGCUAUUAUCAACGUAUCCUCAGCUUUAGGUGAUGCUCCCCCUACUCCUCUAUUAGCCGCUGAAGCUGCUUCAAUGAGUUUUGUGACAAUGUUAGGACGAACCCUACAUGAUGAGUAUCAUCAUAAAGGAAUCACUGUACAGACACUGACACCACUUCCUCUAUCAAAGGAUAAUUCAUUUGUCAGUCCUUCACCAGAAGUGUAUGUAAGACACGCAUUAAGGACACUGGACUAUAGAUCAAACUGCUGUGGAUACUGGAUACAUGCCAUCAUAAAUUAUGUGUAUCAGUUGGUUCCUGCUAGGCUGUGGGUGUGGUUCAUGUCUCAGCGUAACCAAAAGAUGAGGGAGAGGCAGUUAACGGUUGGAGCGAGGGAGAGGGGCGGAGUCACCUUCAGUAAGAAUAGGAGUACUGUUAGUUUUGCUAUCACUACAACACCUGAUGAAGUGUAUACAGCUAGUGAGGCUGGUCAAAGACCUGAACUGAUUAGAAAUUAUUCAAGAGUUGCUGUAAUGCCUAGUGUAGCUGAACAAGAAUCUAAUAAAUGAACUUUUAUUAUUAUUAUUAUUAUUAUUAUUAUUGUCAUUGUUGUUGUUUUUUGUUGUUAAUAAUUUAUGCAUGAGUGAAAAA